UGCAUCAUAUUGGUGCAUUUACUGAUAAAAUACCGACUUCAUUUUUUACCAGAAAGUGUGGCUGUUGUCUCUUUAGAAACGAUUUCAUGGAACAAUUACUUCUAUCCUCUGGGACCAAAGCUUUCACAUAUUUUUGUAUGAAAGAAGGCUUAAGCCUCAUGGCUUUGUGUGUAUGACACAUGCAUCAGGAGUAAUCCAGGUGAUGCUAUUUGUAAGACUCUUGUGAUAGCUACAGCAUGAGAGAAUAAAAACAAAUGAGUUUCAGAAAAGCAUACUUUAAACUUCUCAGUCACUUUUGGCCUUUCACUCAGUGUAUUCACUUCUACAUCCAAGUGUUUGACUAUGAAGCCUCCAUAAAUAAUAAAACACAUCUAUGCAGAAACACAGAUCUGGAAUCUGACUAAAGACAAAUUCCUCAUAACUCCUUGAAAGUAAUUAAUGACAGUUCAUGGAUUAUCUUUGUGACUUCCAGAAGAAAUCUUGUUAUUUUGGCAUUUUCUGACGUAUCUGUUUGAAGAUGUAUAGGAGGAAAGAGCAAGAUAAUGUUUAACCAUUGAGUUUGUAACACCCUUGAUAAAAUUCUUUUAUACUCAAAUGAGUAUUUCUACAUGACUUAAAAGAUGUGUGAUUCAUUUGGGAAACAGUUCUUGACAGUGUCUCCACCUCAAACAGAAUUUGCUGCCUCCUUCAUUGCCAGUUAAGUGCUAUGACUUCAUUGAGACAAAAUUCACAUCUGUGGAAAAGACUGAUUUCACUUAAGCUGCACAUAGCAUUGAAGUGACAAUGAAGGGUUUGUGCUGUCACACAGAUAUCUAACUCAUAACUUCCUGAUUGUUUAAACAAGAAAGGUGGAAUUUUACUUGACUGCAGGUUAGAUGAGAAGCAUUUUUUUGGCUAGUUAAACCUGUUACCUUUAUGAACCAGUGAACCCAGCACUCUCAGAAUGCACGUUCAGUAUUUGGAUAUCCCAAGUGACAAUCUUUUGUGCUGGAAAGCCAUGGUAUUUUUUAACAUAUUGGAAACUGUCAUACAUCAGACCCAAAAUAAUUUGUCUUUUGUUAAUUUAGGAAUGAAAAACUUGCUGCUUUAUGUUUUGUCUCGUUUUCAAUUUUAAAGCAUUGUUGGCUGAGAUUUGAUGAACAGUGUUGUGUUUUCUGAAUGUUUCAGCAUGUUUUCUCAUUCUCUCCUAGGUAUCCUUAUGGGAGCUUUUAUAAAAAUCAUAGAGGCUCAAAAGCUGGCCAACUGGAAGGAAGAAGAAAUGUUUCGUCCAAACAUGUUUUUUCUGCUUUUGCUUCCACCUAUUAUAUUUGAAUCUGGAUAUUCAUUGCACAAGGGUAAUUUUUUUCAGAACAUCGGUUCCAUCACUCUGUUUUCUGUAUUUGGCACUGCAAUAUCAGCUUUCAUUGUAGGUGGAGGAAUUUAUUUCCUGGGCCAGGCUGAUGUAAUUUAUAAACUCAACAUGACAGACAGUUUUGCCUUUGGCUCUUUAAUAUCUGCAGUUGACCCUGUGGCUACUAUUGCCAUUUUCAAUGCCCUCAAUGUGGAUCCUGUACUCAACAUGCUGGUUUUUGGAGAAAGCAUUCUCAAUGAUGCAGUCUCUAUUGUUUUGACCAACACAGCAGAAGGUUUGACAAGAGAAAAUAUGUCAGAUGUAAGUGGAUGGCAAACCUUUCUACAGGCACUGGGAUACUUUCUGAAGAUGUUCUUUGGCUCUGCAGCACUUGGUACACUUACCGGUCUUAUUUCUGCAUUAGUGCUAAAGCACAUUGAUUUAAGGAAGACACCCUCCCUAGAGUUUGGGAUGAUGAUUAUCUUCGCUUACCUUCCUUAUGGACUCGCAGAAGGUAUCUCACUCUCAGGUAUCAUGGCAAUCCUCUUCUCUGGCAUCGUGAUGUCUCACUAUACGCACCAUAACUUGUCCCCGGUUACACAGAUUUUAAUGCAGCAGACACUGAGAACUGUUGCUUUCAUGUGUGAAACAUGCGUUUUUGCUUUUCUUGGCCUGUCAAUUUUUAGUUUUCCUCACAAGUUUGAAAUGUCCUUUGUCAUCUGGUGCAUAGUACUUGUUCUGUUUGGUAGAGCAGUGAACAUUUUCCCACUUUCCUACCUGCUCAACUUUUUCCGUGAUCACAAAAUCACCCCCAAAAUGAUGUUUAUCAUGUGGUUUAGUGGUUUACGUGGAGCAAUUCCCUAUGCCCUCAGCCUCCAUUUGGGCUUGGAACCAAUAGAGAAGCGGCAACUCAUUGGGACAACAACAAUCAUCAUAGUAUUGUUCACCAUUCUGCUGCUGGGUGGAGGAACCAUGCCCCUCAUCAGGCUGAUUGACAUUGAGGACUCCAAAGCGCGCAAGAGGAACAAGAAGGACAUCAAUCUUAGCAAGACUGAGAAGAUGGGAAACACCAUAGAAUCUGAACAUUUAUCAGAGCUCACAGAGGAGGAAUAUGAAGCCCAGUACAUAAAACGCCAGGACCUCAAAGGGUUUAUGUGGCUUGACGCCAAGUAUUUGAACCCUUUCUUUACCAGAAGACUCACACAAGAAGACUUGCAUCAUGGGCGCAUACAGAUGAAAACCCUCACAAACAAGUGGUAUGAAGAGGUACGACAAGGACCCUCAGGAUCUGAAGAUGAUGAGCAAGAGCUGCUAUAGAACACCAGGCAGGAGUGCAGUGAGUUUAGAUCAUUAGAAAGAGGGUUUAAGGAUCAAGAGUCUGGCUGCACAAAAGCUGAGAAUGAACUUUCCAAUUUCAGACAUGUCUUGUGCUACAUGUUUAGGUAUAAAACCACAGAUCUACUGUGCUUUUGAUAGUACUUGUCAGUGAUGGAAACCAUAAGCAUCAGACACCGGAGUGAAUGAAGAACCUUUGAUUCAAAUUUUGCAGCAUAGCAAAUUUAAUGCAGCCUAUUGAAAAGCAGGAACAUCUGCCAUGAAAUGAUGAUAUUGUUUAAUGGGAGGAUCUUCUUCCUAUUAUGAAAUCUGCUGUAAACAUAUGCUGAAGAACAGAGCCACGUAUGACUCUGCAAAACAGAAUGAAUUGCACUUUACUUUUUUUAUAUAUAUAUGUGUAUAUAUUCAUUCACAGCAUGGAGAAUCUUGACAGUUUAUACUGUGAAUGUUUCAGCACUAGUAAGGGAAUCUGACUGGAAUAAAUCUAUAAUUUAUGGGAUUUGCACAUUAUGGAUCUGGAGAAGAUGUAUACCUUGGCAAAAGGCAUACAUUGCACAUACAAGAAAGCACCUCUGGGAACUGGUGGUUUUGUCCUUUUAAGUUCUUGAUUUCUAUUUUAUGGGAUUUCUUUCUUUUUUUAUACUGACGUAUCAAACCCACAGAACUGAUUAUAGCAUGGUUUGGGAAGCGGGGGUUUGUGUGACAUAGUACAGCACUGCCUUUGAUAUUGGAGGUUUAAUGUCUUUUCUCUUUGGCUAAAGCCAGUUGCAGUUGAGUUUCUGUAAUUGGCAGUAGCUCCUUGCUGGCACUUUGGCUUCAAGUCUUAGAAAACAGCAGCUUUUAUUUUGCCUAAUUCAUGAAGUAUCUCUAACUCUCCAGAACCCACUAGCGGAAUGUUUUUAAGUUCUAGUGGAAGCAAAAGCAGUGUGCACAUGAGGAAGAAUAGUCUGUAAGAUCUAAUCCAGGUACAAAGAUAUUGCACAUUGCUGAAGCAGCCUCAGUUGGGAAGUGCCAAAUAGCUUUCAUUAAAUUGUUGUUUGUUAAUAGGGUUUUUCUCUGCUUACACUGUUUCAAAGCCAGCAGUAUCAUUUCACUUCUACAUGGCCUAGUCCAUAGAGUUGUGUGCACCUAAACAGACCCACAGUGUUGGCUGCACAUUUGCCAUGGUUACACACACAGCAGUUUGCUCUCGCUGCCAACCCAAAUCCCUCAUUAGGCAUUUACAUAUUCACUGUCAAAAUGUGAAUCGUAGUUCUGCAUGUAAAUCUGACAUGCCAAGAGCACAUGUUUGCUUCUGAGAGUGAGACAUAUUUUUGGUCUGGUUUUGCUACUAAGGUUUGUAGUCAACUGCUUGCCACUGGGAAAAAUAAAAGUUCAAGAAUGUAUUUAGAAUGCUAAA